AUGGACCCGAGCUUGGAGGACUUCAAGAGACGGAAAGAUCCUAUUAGAUCUCCAAAAGGAGCGACAGGUCAGCAAACUCCCCGGCCAGCUCCGACCAAGUUCUUCCUGCCGCUGAACAUCGCCUUUUACGUCUGCUUUGCUUCACACCUUGUAGCAGCGCUGUAUGCACCAAUUCAGGACUGUGAUGAGACCUUCAACUACUGGGAACCCUUGCACUACCUAAACCAUGGCUACGGCCUCCAGACAUGGGAGUACUCUCCAGAAUUCAGCAUUCGGAGCUGGGCAUAUAUCGGCCUACAUGCCCUUCCCGCAAAGCUCGCCGGCGUCUUUGGUGGGUCGAAGAUGUUCGAGUUCUAUUCCCUCCGUGUCAUGCUGGCAUUUGUCUGCGCGGCAACUGAAGUCCGUCUUUACUCGGCCAUAUCUCGAACCAUCAAUCCGAGGGUCGGGGUGAUUUACCUUAUGAUUGUUGCCUUCAGCCCCGGAUUCUUCUAUGCCUCUGCUGCAUUUUUGCCAUCUAGCUUUGCCAUGUACACAUCCGCCUUAGGUCUGACCUCUUUUAUGGACUGGCAUGGAGGAUCUAAAACUGCGGCCGGCAUCAUGUGGUUUGGAAUCGGCGCUCUACUUGGGUGGCCAUUCUCGGGAGCCCUGAUUGUUCCAUUCGUCGUUGAAGAAUGGCUCAUGGCGUUGAUAGGACAACAAGGUCUGUUCGAGACGUUCAGGCGGUAUCUGGACGGUGUUGUACGGUGCUUGGUGGUUCUGGCCCUUCAAAUCAGCAUCGACACGUUCUUUUACCACAAGAUCGUGGUGGUGCCCUGGCUUAUCGUUGCCUACAAUGUCUUUGGCGGCAAGGAUCGCGGUCCUGACAUAUUCGGAACGGAACCAUGGGACUACUACCUAAGGAAUCUGCUGCUCAACUUCAAUAUGUGGUUUAUCCUUGCUGCGAUUUCAGGACCACUCGUCUUGUUCCAGUCCAUCAUCCUGAACCAAUACCCCACCAAACAAACGCUGCUCAGGACGCUGACCUUUCUCUCCCCAUUCUAUGUGUGGCUGGUCAUUUUCACCAUUCAGCCCCACAAGGAGGAAAGAUUCAUGUUUCCUGCGUACCCCUUCCUCGCUUUGAAUGCCGCCAUCGCAUUCCACUCCCUUUUGGCGUGGAUCGGAUCGACGGACUCGUUCAUCUUUGGUAAAAUCCCGGCAAAACUAAAACUAGCGGUCAUCUUACCCAUUGUGCUUCUGGGCAUUAAUACCGGGCUGUUGCGUAUCGUGGGGACGCUGACCGCAUAUCGGGCUCCAUUACAGAUAUACGACAGUCUCAAAGCAUCGAACCUGACCCAGGAAGACAACACAGUCUGCUUCGGCAAGGAUUGGUAUCGCUUUCCAACCUCGCAUUUUCUGCCUAACGAUACCCAUGCGAAGUUUGUCAAAAGUGAAUUCGACGGUCUGCUACCUGGAGAGUUUCACGAGGGCAAGACUGGGUUUGGUUUCUUCCCGGGAACCUGGUUGGUGCCGCCUGGGAUGAAUGAUCGAAAUGAGAAAGAUCCUGCAAAGUGUGUCGAUGUCCAGUACUGCACGUUCUUGGUCGAUUCGUACAUGCCGGGCAUGGAAGCCACCGAGCACGAGCCAUUAUAUGUUCUGGACGAGGAUCAUUGGGAAAAGAUCUCAUGCGCACCAUUUUUGGAUGCGUCAAGGACUGGGACUCUUGCUAGGACGAUCUGGAUUCCCGAAUCACCAGUCAUACCACCCCGGUAUCGUCGACAUUGGGGUGAACACUGCCUGCUGCGGCGAAGAGAGGCAGUCAUGCUCGAAUACUUGCCUGCGACAUUCCAGUUCCAGCAGAUCCACGGCCAAGUCCGCGAACCUGGAAAUCAUGAGGUCGCGGUGGCUUGCCGCACUCCAAACGCCGUCCCUGGGGACAAAGUGCGCCAUUCCGAAAGAGGCAUAUUUGUCCAGUAUCGACGAUGCGAAGUGAUUGGACAGCACCAACCACAGGUCUUGAAAUCAGUGGUUAUGAUAAGAAUCCAACUGGACGGCAGAUACCCAUGCGAUAUCAGCACCCCGCCAGCCCUCGUUCCGCAAGCCACCGCCAUGGAGUCGGAAACACUCAGACACAAGAUCUCCGACCUCAUCGCUAGGUCACAGCCGUACAUUGAGCAAGCGAAUGCCCAUAUCCAGCCAUACGUGGAACAAGCCAAUGGCCACUUUCAAAAAUCCAAACACCAUUGCUCUUCGAUGUUCAAAUCAGCCCAAUCAGAGUUGCACGCUUUGUCACAAAAGCCCCAUUUCCAAGAAGUCCUCUAUGGCCUGACCUUGUUCGUGUUCCUCGCCUUUGCAAUCAGCCGUUUCGUCUCUUCCCGCCGCUCUCGGUACCCUACAUCUCGCCCAUCAACCCCGCCGACACCUCUCCUCGAAAAGGCCACUCAUACCAAGGGGCCCAAUGCCGCCCAGGCCCGAAAACCAGGGACGUGGAUUCCGUCCGACUUUCAACGGCCCAAACCACGAGCAUACGAGAACUGGUCCAUCGAGCACACCAAACCUCUGCCUUACCGGCCGUUUCGCUACGGACCCAAGUACUUCGUGACCAUGGGUCUCCGUAACGUGAAAUGGGACAACUGGAUCGAGCUGGACAACCACUUCCCACGGUUCCACGCGGACAAGGCGCGCCGAAUCAAGGAACGCGGGCACAAGUGCUGCAGGACGGCGCCCGAGGCGUAUCCCGCGGCGUUGGAACUCUUGGAGGAAUUCCGCUCGUACUUGCCGGACCGCUACCCAACACUGUACCAGCGGACGGAAAAGGGGAUAAAGAACCUGUGGUCGGGCGAGGAACUGGACACGACGUCGCGGCCGCUGCCAGAGGACCCGAUGCAGACGGCGGCGCGCAUGGUGCAGGACGACCUGGCGAUCAUGCUCGAGGGCGAGGACGGGCAAUACUACCUGCUCGCGGGGGCGGUGCUGCUGGCGGGCUUCUGGCGGCUAGAGGACAAGUACCGGAUGCCGCUGUCGGAGAUCCACACGAGCGGGGACGUGCCGCAGUUCAAGGAGAAGCUGGAGAAGGGGAUGAUGAACUUCUUCCGGCGACUCAAGCCCGAGGAGCUGGUCGCGCGCAACAACUACUUCCUGCAGGUCGACGACGACCUGGCCUGGUCGUACUCGAUCGGCAGCGAGGACAGCCCCUCGAUCAGCUGGAACACGGCCGAGAAGAACCGCGCCGUCGAGCACCACUACUUCCGCUCCGAGCGGCAGACGCUGCGCCGCCUCCCGCGCUCCGGCGGCGUCGUCUUCACCAUCCGCACCUACUUCCACCCGAUCACCGAGAUCGCCGAGGAAGACUACGUCCCCGGUCGCCUGGCCAGCGCCGUCCGCAGCUGGGGCGACGACGUCUCCCGCUACAAGGGCAAGGAAAAGUACGAGGCCGUCCUGCUCGAGUUCCUCGACCGGAAGCACCAGGAGCAGCUGGACCGGGGGCUCAAGCUGGACGAGGAGGACGAGAGGAGGAGUUAUCCUUGGUGA